AUGUCAAAAAUAAACACACAUUGCUUAAAGUCAUUUCUAAAAACGCAGUCAUUUCUUCUUUUACAAUUAAUUACUACACUAUUUUUCCUUACGCAUUGUUUCUUAGAACCUGCUCUGCUCGAGGAAGAAGAAGAGGUAGUGUCCAGUGUGGUACAAAAUUCUGUAAAAUAUUAUAAAUACGACUUGUUGAACAAGACGGGGAUAAAGACCGUAUUCCUGCAAACAUCCCAUGGAAGUGCUGGUAUCUCAGUUUCUACAAGCAUCAGGAAUCCCCGAAAUUAUCACGUCAACCUUGGAUCCUGUGAGUUCCAUGGAGAUAUUAAGCUUGCUGAUAGCGAUCCCCUUUGGCAACUGGAUGACCUUCAAAACAGUACAUUUUGUAAUGCUACUUCCAAGGGAGGCAGCACCGAGCCCCGCUUUGUAUCUGACGAGGAAUUCGCUGCAGAAGGAUUGAUCAUUUACGUGAAAGCUUGCUCUAGCAGAUGGUUUUAUGUCUCAGUCGAGGGAGUUAAUGAGACAAAUACGUUCAGUUUGACACUGUUCAAGGACCUCAUCAGAAUAACGAGUAAGAACAACACGGAUGGAGUCUCAGAGAGUAAUGACACCACCUUUCCGAUUCCUAGGAAAGUGUUCGUCGGAGUAGCAGUCGCGACCGUCGGAACCACAGCAGCCGUAGCAGCUGCUGUUACGCUAUCAUGCGCAAACGAAUUUCAACUCAAAGGCUCCACGAAGAUUAAGAAGAAAAAAGGGAAAGGCAAAGAAAAGAACAAUAACUCUGUAGUUAACGAGGCUUUUGAAGGAGACGAUGAUGAAAAACAGAGCAGUCAGAAUCGCUCCAGUCUCACUCUUUUACUAGAGAGCGGUGAUCUGAAGAAAGAAAAAACGCGUUCAGUUCAUGUUACCGAAGAGAAGACUGAUGUUAUGACAGGAAUGAAGAAAUGUCGAAAAGGAAAUGAUAUAGAGAAAGGAAACGGCCGCGCGACGCACGGAGAAGAAUUCUCACGAGGAAAUUCCCCAUGUUCCAGUGAAGGUCGACAAAGGAAACUCUCGCGUCACGGUAGUCUGGUGACUUCGAUGAUUUAUGAUUUACAGAGAGAAGACACAAUUAUAGAAAAAACACUGGCAACAGAAACAACGGUUUCUGGAGGGACUGAUUCUCUUGUCGAGGGAGCUCGCUUCAAACGUCAGGUUACCAGUACAAGUGUAUCGGUAGCUGUUGUUACAUCAAAAGGAGUUCAAAAAGAAAAGGUUCCAAUUGGCGAAGAUAGGGUCAGAAGGAUUGGCGCCGAAACAAUGAAACGAAACUAUGAUAAGCUGUUAACAGGACUUGGAGACACGGAAAACGUAUUUCAAAAAACUAAACCAAAGAGAAAGGAUGCUGUAACACUAAAUUCUUACAAAGACCAAAACCAUUUUUUGAGCAAUGAUCUCAAAGCAGCCACAGGUGAAAACGUGAAACAAAAUGACGGGAACACAACGCAAGAUUCAAACAGUUCUUUUUCUCAUCGGGAACCAGAAAAAGUGACAAUCUGUUGCUUUCAAUGGCAGCCCUCUUCAUCUAACAACAUAGUUAAGAAGGCUUCAAAGGCUGAAGAAGAAUCAGAAGGAAAUGGCAUUGAAAAAACCGAAACUCGUGAAGUGAGUGAUAACGUCGAGAAGACUGAAAAAGUUAGUUUUCUAGUCCGCAUGAAAAGGAAAGUCACAAAGCGUAAGGUAAUGGCAGCGAUGUGUCCUUGUUUCACAUACUUUAUCCUGGAAAGUGAGCACGGAGGAAAUUCAGUCAACAAGGCAAAGGGGGAAAGUGAUAAAAAUCCGCAAGAAAUAAGGGACAGCCGUUUUGAACGAGAUAUGCAAAUGAGUCAAGCGAUUUGCGUAUUACUAUCUCAGCUUUUAUUCCUGGCCGGAGCUGACGCUAGAGAUGACACAGUAGGUUUAAUACAUCGAAUACCUUUACGAUAUUUGACGUAAUGAGCACCAAAUGGAUGACAUACGCCUUCAAAACAGGUUAUAUAGUGCAACUGAAA